AUGGAUUUUUCAUUUUUCCAAGAAUACCCUUUUGAUCUCCGUUGCAGAGGAGCAUUUAAUGGGUUUGGAGAAAACAAUGCAGUGUCUGCAACAGUAGAAGAGUUCUCUGAUAAAAGAAGGAUGCAGAAGGAGAGUGAGCAUUUAAAGAAGAAGAAGAAGAAGAAGAAUCAGAGAGGCUCUAGGGUUUGUAGUAGAGGACAUUGGAGAAUUUCUGAGGAUUCUCAGCUCAUGGAACUCGUUUCUGUUUACGGUCCUCAAAACUGGAACCACAUUGCAGAGAAGAUGGAAGGAAGAACAGGCAAGAGUUGCAGAUUGAGGUGGUUUAACCAGCUAGACCCUAGGAUCAACAAGAGAGCUUUCAGUGUUGAGGAAGAGGAGAGGCUACUUGCAGCUCACAGAGCAUUUGGUAACAAAUGGGCAUUGAUUACUAAGCUUUUCAACGGAAGAACAGACAAUGCCUUGAAGAACCACUGGCAUGUCCUCAUGGCAAGAAAGCUGAGACAGCAAUCAACUUCUUACAUCAGGAGAUUCAAUGGGUCUGCACAUAAACCUACCGCAGAUCACAAAACCUUCAAUCUCUCUCCUGGUUUGUCUCUUUUUCUAGUCCUUGAUACACAUCCAGUGAGUUUCCAUUAUCUUGUUGGAGUCAAAUCAUUACAGUGA